AUGGACUCCUUGGAAGUUUGCUUACAGGAUCAGCUCUUGUGUAGUUUGCCCUCUGCUAGAAAAACAAUCAGAACUAUUAAAGAACUUGAGGCAACAUUUGAAUUUAGGCAAAUUUCCAGUAAUUUAGAUUGGGGAGAAGCUGCAUUGAUUAACCAAUUCAGAAUGGGUUUACAAAACAAUGUAAAGGAUUUACUUCUUAUCUUGGAAGACCCCAUUUCACUAAAUAAUGCAAUUUCGAAGACAGAAUGUCCUAGAGACCCGAAUGCCAUAAAAUAUAGGUCAUUGUCUACCGAAGAAAAAGAACGACAUCAUGCAAAUAACCUUUGCUUAUACUGCAGAGAACCAGGCCAUAUGGCUAGAAAUUGCUUCAACAAAAGCAACACUUAG